AUGAGUGCAUCUGCAUCUCCACGACUCAAUUUCCCCCAGGGGAUGCUGGCAGGGCAGACUGCCAUCAUCACAGGGGCUGGCCAAGGUAUUGGGGCCGAGACUGCCGCCAUUUUCGCUCGCGAAGGGUGUAAGGUUGUCAUUGCAGACAUCGAUGCCGUGAAAGCCGAGAAGACAGCUCAGGCCAUCAACGCCGAAGGAGGUGGAGGUGCUGCCAUUGCCGUUGCCGGAGAUGUGACCAACAACGAAGACAUCAAUAACCUAGUCGAGAAGGCCGUGGAAUUUAGUGGUGGCAAGCUUCACAUCAUCGUCAACAACGCAGGGUACGCAUGGGAUUCUCCGAUUGAGCAGAUCAAGGAUCAGCAGUGGGACACCAUCAUCGGUCUACAUAACACGGCACCAUUCAAGCUCAUCCGAGCAGCCGCGCCGUACUUUAUGGUCAAGGACGGCGAACCCAGAUCGAUCGUCAACAUCUCGUCGACAUCGGGCAUCUAUGGCAACGCCGGACAAGCCAGCUAUGCUCUGGCCAAAGCCGGUCUAGUAGGACUUACCAAGACACUGGCUCAAGAAUGGGGACCAGAGUACGGCGUGAGAGCAAACACUGUGGCUUUCGGCGCCAUCAAGACUAGACUGACUCAAGCCCCUGUUGGCGAAUAUGUCGUAAGGCCAGACGGCACCAAGCAUGCUGUUGGGUUUCAUGGCGGCUAUGAUCAAGAGGAGAAAUGGUUCGUGCAUGCUUUCUGUUUAUUUUCUUCCACUUCCACCAUCGUUGACCUUCUGUCAUAG